UAGCGCGCUCGAACAUUCUCGAAACCCCCAGGGAGGCCAUGACCCCCCCUUAAAACCCACGGCCAGUUCGUGCCCUCCCCAACAGUUCCAUUGCAAUUCCCACAGCAAUCAAAUUCACGAUUCUCUCAGAUCUGGAGCUCUAAGUUUCGAUUUCUUCUUCCGAAUCCCUUUUACCAGUUCCCAGUUUAGAGCAAAGCAGAUGGCGAAGGGAGGAGAGGGCCCGGCCAUCGGCAUCGACCUCGGCACCACCUACUCCUGCGUCGGCGUGUGGCAGCACGACCGCGUCGAGAUCAUCGCCAAUGACCAGGGGAACCGGACCACGCCGUCGUACGUGGGCUUCACCGACACCGAGCGGCUCAUCGGCGACGCCGCGAAGAACCAGGUCGCGAUGAACCCCACCAACACCGUCUUCGAUGCCAAGCGUUUGAUCGGCAGGCGUUUCUCCGAUCCGUCCGUGCAGAGCGACAUGAAGUUGUGGCCAUUCAAGGUCAUUCCCGGUCCUGGUGACAAGCCGAUGAUCGUUGUCCAGUACAAGGGCGAGGAGAAGCAGUUCGCCGCUGAGGAGAUCUCCUCGAUGGUGCUCAUCAAGAUGAAGGAGAUUGGUGAGGCUUACCUCGGCACCACCAUCAAGAACGCAGUCGUGACGGUGCCGGCCUACUUCAACGACUCGCAGCGGCAGGCCACCAAGGACGCCGGCGUCAUUGCCGGCCUCAAUGUGAUGCGCAUCAUCAACGAGCCGACUGCAGCUGCCAUUGCCUAUGGUCUCGACAAGAAGGCCAGCAGCUCUGGCGAGAAGAACGUGCUCAUCUUCGACCUGGGUGGCGGCACGUUUGAUGUGUCGCUGCUCACCAUCGAGGAGGGCAUCUUCGAGGUGAAGGCCACAGCCGGCGACACUCACCUCGGCGGCGAGGACUUCGACAACCGCAUGGUGAACCACUUCGUCCAGGAGUUCAAGCGCAAGCACAAGAAGGACAUCAGUGGCAACCCUCGCGCUCUCCGGCGUCUGCGCACGGCCUGUGAGCGUGCCAAGCGCACCCUGUCGUCCACCGCCCAGACCACGAUCGAGAUCGACUCUCUGUACGAGGGCGUCGACUUCUACUCGACCAUCACCAGGGCUCGGUUCGAGGAGCUCAACAUGGACCUGUUCCGCAAGUGCAUGGAGCCCGUGGAGAAGUGCCUGCGCGAUGCCAAGAUGGACAAGAGCACCGUGCACGACGUCGUCCUCGUGGGCGGCUCCACCCGCAUCCCCAAGGUGCAGCAGCUGCUGCAGGACUUCUUCAACGGCAAGGAGCUGUGCAAGAGCAUCAACCCCGAUGAGGCCGUGGCCUACGGCGCUGCUGUCCAGGCCGCCAUCCUCAGCGGCGAGGGCAACGAGAAGGUGCAGGACCUGCUUCUGCUCGAUGUCACGCCCCUGUCUCUUGGCCUCGAGACUGCGGGCGGCGUCAUGACGGUGCUCAUCCCGCGGAACACCACCAUUCCGACCAAGAAGGAGCAGGUCUUCUCCACAUACUCCGACAACCAGCCAGGCGUCCUGAUCCAGGUGUUCGAGGGCGAGCGCGCCAGGACCAAGGACAACAACCUGCUUGGCAAGUUCGAGCUGUCCGGCAUUCCUCCUGCUCCUCGCGGUGUGCCCCAGAUCACCGUCUGCUUCGACAUCGACGCCAACGGCAUCCUCAACGUGUCGGCUGAGGACAAGACAGCCGGGCUGAAGAACAAGAUCACCAUCACCAACGACAAGGGCCGGCUCAGCAAGGAGGAGAUCGAGAAGAUGGUGCAGGAGGCGGAGAGGUACAAGGCGGAGGACGAGGAGCUCAAGAAGAAGGUGGAUGCCAAGAACGCGCUGGAGAACUACGCCUACAACAUGAGGAACACCAUCAAGGAUGACAAGAUCGCCGCCAAGCUCUCGGCUGGUGACAAGAAGAAGAUUGAGGACUCGAUCGACGGCGCCAUCAGCUGGCUCGACACAAACCAACUCGCCGAGGCUGACGAGUUUGAGGACAAGAUGAAGGAGCUCGAGGGAAUCUGCAACCCCAUCAUCGCGAAGAUGUACCAGGGUGCUGGCGCCGACAUGGGAGGCAUGGGCAUGGGCGGUGCCACCGCCAUGGAUGAGGAUUCGCCCUCCAGCCGAAGUGGCGCGGGGCCCAAGAUCGAGGAGGUCGAUUAAGCUGAAAUCGGAGCGGUGUUUGAUUGUUUUGGUAGCGAGGGAGUCUGACGUCAGAAAACUAUGCAGUAUCGUGUCGUUGAAUAGGUGUUCGUCUAUUUCCAUGGUUCCAUGGAAGGAUUUUAGUUCUGGUUAUGUCGUGAGACUUUUAAUUUGGAUGGAAGCUGGAAUUGCUGUGAUCUGAAUUUUCAUGCAAAAUCUGUUCUCUAAUUGUGUUUUUGCU